AUGCCGUUAACGCCCUCGGCGAAAGAAUUCGUGCCUCCUGUUCCUUCCACUUUAACGAAAGCAACGACAACGACGACGACGAAAGACGACGACGACGACGAAAAGAAUUCGAACGAACGAACGAACGCAAACGCAAACGACGACGCAAACGACGACGAGAAGACGAAGACGACAAAGAAGACAAACUCGAAACCCGUCUUCGAAUAUUUAACGCCACACGAUGCGUUUAAAACCGAUUUUCAAAUCGGGCAAAAACAACUCGGCUUGACACCGAUCGUCCACGCGAAGAAGGUUUCGAAAGCGAUCGCGAUUAAAAAACCUUCUUCCUCUUCGUCGUCCUCCUCGGGAGUCGUUUUGGAAGUCAAAGAGACGAAGAAAGCGAACGCGACGACGGAAAAAGACGAGGAGGUGGCGGAGGAAAAAAAAACGACGACGAAGAGCAGCGACACACAUUUUCCUCCUCCUGCGCCUCCUUUAUCGAGUGGUGGUGGUGGUAGUGAUACGAAUAGUAUCAAAAUUGGUUCGGUGUUUCAGAAAGGUGGUCGCGGCGGUCGCGUCCCGACGAAGACGACGAGCGAGAGUCUCGAGGCGAAGCGAGCGAGCGAGGCGACGAAGACGAAGGACAACAACAACAACGACGCUUCUUCUUCUUCUGCGAGUGUCAAGGUCGUCGCGCCGGAAGAGUCGCCGACGCCGGUGAAACAACCACCACCGCGACCUUUACCAAGGGAGAAGGAUUUUAAAGCUGAAGAGGCGAACGAUGACAACGACAACGACGAGAGUAAAACGAACAAUCGAGAGAGUAAAGGAUUAUUCGGCAUGGUUGGAAGCGUCAUCGGAUCGACGGCGACGUAUUUGUUCACCUCGCCGCAAGGGAAGAAGAGUAAUAAAGGCUCUCAAGAAGAGUUGCUCUCUGAUGCCACCGAUGCUGACAAUACUGCAAUAAAAAAAACGGAAGAGAAAUUGAGCGAGAAGAAGAAGAAGAAGAAGAGCAACGACGACGACGACGCGUCGACGAAAUCUGGGAAAUCGAACACCUCGGAAACCGGGUCUUUUAGCGGCGCGAAGAAGAAAAAUGACACCACCACCAACAACAACAAAGCGACUUUUACGACGCCAACAAAAGGAGGAGGAGGAUCGAAAACGACGCCGACGAAAGAGAGUAAGAAGAGCACGCCAACGCCGUCGCCAAACGCCAAAGGCGGGGCCGCCGCUGCUGCGAAUAAUAAUAAAAAUGAUAGUAAUACUAAAGACAACAACAACAACAACAACAACAACAACAACAACAACAGUAAACCGAGCGUGUUCGAUAGAUUAACGCCGUCGGGAGACGAUACUAAGAGUAAGAAAGCGAUUACCACGACGACUCCGGAAAAAAGCGACGUGUUUAGUAGACUCCAACGCAAAGAUGGGACGCCGGUUUCUUCGCCUUCUUCGCAAUCUCAGCCGCAAAAGAAGAACAACGGCGGUACGCCCGAAAGCAGCAGCAGCGGCGGCGCUAAAUCGAAAACAAAAAUCGAUCGAACCGUGUCGCAAACGGUGCAAGCUCCAAAAGCGCACUCGCCGAUGAAGCAAGAGAAUUCGCCGACGCCGACGAAAUUAAAAAAUCCGCCGAGCGGUUUGAUGCCGAACGCGGCGGCGAAAAUCAACAACGCGAAGGAAACCAUCAAAACGCCUUCAAAAUCGAACGACUCUAACAACGACAACAACAACAACAAUAGCGAAAACGAAUUGAAUCAAGAAAUCGAACGUUUACGAACCGAAAAUCAACAGCUCAAAGCGGCGGCAGCGACGAGUGGUCGUUUAGCUGUCGCCUUGGGACGCGCGGAUGAAACCGCCGCGCAAAGAUUGAAGAAAGAGAAGGAGGCAGUGAAAGCGGAGAAGGAAUCGAUAGAAAAAGAAAAGACGAAAUUGCAGAAAGAGAAAGAGUUGAUCGAAAAAAGAACGACUGAAACGGAAUCGAGGACGAAAGACGAGAUAGAGAAGGCUUUAGCGGUGGCAAAGAAGAGCGCGGACGAACGGGUGGCCGAGGCGGAGAAGAAAGCAAAGGAGGAGGCGGAAGCGUCGGUAGCGAAAGCGCGCGAAGACGCGAGAAUAGCGGUGGAGAAAGCGGAAAGCGAUGCGAAGAAAGUCAUCGCAGACGCCGCCGCUGUUGCUGCUACUGCUGAGAGAAAGAAACAAGAGGCGACGUUACCAACAUCACCACCUGUUCUUGUCGCCGCUCCUACUCCAUCAUCAGUCGACGAAGAAGAACUCAAAGCCAUGCGCGACGAGCUCGAGAAGAACCGCUUGGCGUUGAAACAAGCCAAAAGCGAAGCGCGCAUUUCGCAAAAAGAAGCCAGCCGAUUGAAAGACCGAUUAGAAGAUGCGAGAAAGGACCCGCAAGCGUUCGCGGAAAGGCAAUCGGAAGGCUUUAAAACGCCAGUUGGAACGCCGUCGAAAUCGUCUUCGUUCGACUCCUCCGUCAACGACAACGAACUCUCGGCGAGUAAAAGUCAGCAAGAAUUUUUCACGAAUUUGUUGAGGAAAUCACCGUCGGAGACUACAACUACAACUACAACUAUUGCCGCCCCUAAAAACGAAUCGGAAUCUUUAGCCUUGAUCGAAGCUCGACAAGAGCGCGACGAAGCUCGAAAAGCGAGCGAAGAGCUCUCGAAAAAAAUAGCGGAUGUUUCCGAGGAAAAAGACAAAGUCAUCGCAAAAUUGAGAAAAGACGUGAAAGAGUUGAACGAUAAGAAAGCGACGGAGACGUUAACUCGAGCCGCGGAACAGGAAGAGACGAAAACGUUCUUAAAUGCCUCUCUAGACAAAUACAAAGAAGAUAUCAAGAAUUUGAACGAAGAACUCCACGAGUUGCGAGACGCCAAGACGACGGUGAAGAAGUCGCAAGACGAAGCGUUGGAGGCGUGCUUGAAGUUGAAAAAAGCCGAGGAGGAAAUCAACGAGUUUAAGAGGCGAAAGGACGAGAGCGAGACGUUUCGUGCUGAACGAGAGGAAAUGUUAAAAACAAUCGAAACAGAGAAAGAGAGAGCGGCGAAACACGUGGAGACGAUUCAGGUGUUGAAGAAUAUGGACGACGAGCGAAGGAUUUUAAUGGAGACGAACAAGAAGCAAAUCGAAGGAUUGAACGAAGAGUUGGAAAAAGAACGAAAGGAGACUGAAAAAGCGAAAGACACUGCGGCUUCGAUGAAGAAAGAGUUGAAAGAUAUGCUGGUCAAUGCUAUGGAAAAGCAGAGCAAACUGACCGCGGCGGAGAAGGAAAUCAAACAGUUGAUGGAGCAGCGUCGCCUUGUAUCUACCGACGAGAAGGACGCGGCGGAGGAACUUCGCGUGAAAGAAUUGGAAGACAAAAACUCGCAGUUGAUGGAACGAAACGAAAAAUUGAAAGAAGAAGUUUCGUCGGCGUUAGCGGACGCGAACGGUGUGCGUGCGGAGAUGACUAAAACGCAAUCCGAUGUGAACGUUGAAAUCGAAUCGUUGCGAUCGAAGCUUUCGCAAGCGCUCGCAGACGCGGAGACGUUUCAAACUCAAUUGUCCGCCGCAAAGAAGGAACACAUCAACGCGGAUAAACACGUGAAUGAGAUGUUGAUGCGGUCGCAAAAAGAGUGCGAAGCGUUGAAAGCGGAAGUCAAAGACAUCGACGGGUUAAAGAAGCAACUCAAACUGUUGGAAGGCACGAAAGCAGAAUCGAUUAAAUUCGCCAAGGAAGAGACGAAGAAGUUUGAGAUUGAAUCCAAGAAAUUCGCCGCGGAGAAGAAAGCGAUGGAAAGUGAAAAGAAACAGUUGAUGAUGCAAGUGGAAAGUUUAACGAAAGAAAUCAAUUCGCAUUCGGAGAAGAACGUGGAGACGACCGCGCGCGUUAAAUCGCUCGAAGCGUCGAAAACGAUCGCGGAAGAGGCGUCCAAGAACGCGAAAGAGUUGCAAAAAGAAAACGCUCGGUUACAAUCGAAGAUCAUCUCGUUGGAGGCAAAAACGCAAAAGUUGCAAAAAGACGUGGAGAAAGCGGAGAGCAAGGCAAAGAAGGCUGCCCCGUUACCUCCACCUUUGUCGCCGUCUUCAUCCGAUCCAGUUGAAACAAAAGCGUUGCAAAAGCGCUGCGAAGACGCCGAAAGAAAACUGAAGCUGUCGAAAGCGAACGCGGCAACGUUGGAACUUCGCGUGAAGGAGUUGGAAGAGAACGCGAUGGCGUCGCCAAAACAGUCUUCUUCGAUUCCUUCACCGAAAAAUUCGUCGGCCAAGAAGGGCAACAACAAAAAGAACGGGAACAUCUUGGAACCAAGCAACGGCGGCAACGUGCUUUCGACUUUCUCUGGGGGCGACCAACAGCAAUCUUCAUCGGCUCGAGAACGCGAACUCGUCAAGCAACUCGAAAAUGAAAGACACGCGAGAGCGAUGUACCAACGCGACAGUCGAGACAAGCAAAAGCAGAUCGAUGAAUACAGGAAAAAGUUGUCGACAUACGAUAGAUCGACGCCUUUUCGAGGAGGAGGAGGAGGAGGAGCGCCUUCGACUGCCAUGGGAGGACUCCCGCCGCCGCCGCCGUCGUCUUCCAAAGGAACGUCUUUACUCGGUAACACGUUGAACACUUCCGCCCAUCAUCAACAACAACAACAUCAACAUUUACCGUCGCCGUCGUAUUCUAGCAUGCAAACCCAACGCGGCGGCGGUCAAACGUCUUUUGACGUUCCAACGUCGAACGGCAAGAACAACAAUACUCCCAACAACACCGGCGCGAACGAGCGACAAGGAGGCACAGGAGGAGGAGGCUUACUCUUCACCGGCACCCAGCGACGCACGCAAAGCUCCGCCUUACUCUCGUCUUCUUCGAGAAAAUUCGGGAAUUCGAUGAGCGCUUUACGCGGAGGAACCACGCGAUUACCACCACCACAACAACAACAACCCGUCGUCGUCGGCCUCGACGACCCGCGGAACCCGUUCUCUCGCGGCAGCGCAAACAACACCGCGAGUAGUAAAGUCGUCAGCACGCCCGCCGUCAACAAGUCUUUAGAAAGCAUGUUCGCCUCGCCGACGACUCGGCGCACUCGGCAAAGCUUCGAAAGAAGUAAACAUCAACACCACCGAUUUUAA